UAAAUUUAAGGAACCUCCCUGCAAAACCAGCAGAAGAAGCUCAGAAACACAGACAACAGUACGAAGAAAUGGUGGUUCAAGCAAAAAAAAGAGAGCUUAAGGAAGCCCAGAAGAGAAAGAAACAACUGGAAGAACGCUGUAAACUGGAAGACAGCAUCGGCAACGCUGUUCUAACUUGGAACAAUGAAAUCUUGCCCAACUGGGAAACUAUGUGUUGUUCCCGUAAAGUUCGAGAGCUAUGGUGGCAAGGCAUUCCACCCAGUGUGAGAGGCAAAGUCUGGAGCUUGGCAAUUGGCAACGAGUUAAACAUCACCCAUGAACUUUAUGAUAUUUGCCUGGCUCGUGCCAAAGAGAAAUGGCGAUCACUUAGAACAGGAGGGGCUGAAGUAGACUAUGAAGAUGCUGGAUUUUCUGCAGCUGACAGAGAAGCAAGCUUGGAAUUAAUAAAACUGGAUAUCUCAAGAACGUUUCCUAAUCUCUGUAUAUUCCAGCAAGGUGGUCCUUACCAUGACACCUUGCACAGUAUUUUAGGAGCCUAUACUUGUUACAGACCUGAUGUAGGCUAUGUACAGGGCAUGUCAUUCAUAGCAGCAGUAUUGAUCUUGAACUUGGAUACUGCAGAUGCCUUCAUUGCUUUUUCUAACCUAUUAAAUAAACCCUGUCAGAUGGCGUUUUUCCGUGUGGACCAUGGCCUUAUGUUGACUUACUUUGCCGCAUUUGAGGUAUUCUUUGAAGAAAAUCUGCCAAAGUUAUUUGCUCACUUCAAAAAAAAUAACUUAACUCCAGACAUCUAUCUUAUUGAUUGGAUAUUCACAUUGUACAGCAAAUCUUUGCCACUGGACUUAGCAUGUCGUGUCUGGGAUGUGUUCUGUCGUGAUGGAGAAGAGUUCUUAUUCCGUACAGCCCUGGGAAUAUUAAAACUUUUUGAAGAUAUUUUGACCAAAAUGGACUUCAUUCAUAUAGCCCAGUUUUUAACAAAGCUACCAGAGGACUUGCCUUCAGAAGAAUUCUUCACGUCUAUUGCUGCCAUUCAGAUGCAAAGUAGAAACAAAAAGUGGGCUCAGAUACUGGCUGCUCUGCAGAAAGAUAACCGGGAAAUGGAAAAAGGAAGUCCUUCUCUCAAACAUUAAAAUUAUGGUUGUCUCCAGUGGCUCACAGGAAAAGAGCUAAAGUGGCAAAAGCAUUGAGUACUGUUUGACAUGUAUGAGCCUGUAAAUCAAAGUGUUAUUU